UUCACCCCUUCCAUUCCAACCUGUAGGCUGGCAGUCAUCGGGCUGUGAUUAAUCAGCUGGCUUGACACCUUAGGCAUCAACAUGCUGAGUCAGGCUCCGGCGGGAUCGCCGCCGAAGGCCGAUUAUCAGCGAUGGUUUCCCGCGGAAUCCAACUUAACUUCUCCAACCUGCAGCUUGUUGAACGCCCACCCUCACCAUGACUGCCGCAUCAACGUCCCGGCUACGGCUCCUCUGCUCCUCCACGAGGGCUGUCCCUCAAUCGAGCGUUCUCACCCGCCUCACCACUCGUGGAUACGCCACCACCGACCCUCCCUCCGCCACGACCGGCACCGCAAGCCCACGCCGACGCACCCAGUUCACAGACAAACUGAACGCCGGCCCCUCCUUCACCGACUUCGUCUCCGGUAACAAAGACAAUGCCCCCCUGGACCCCGAAGAAGCCUAUGCCCUCAAAACCGCCCUCGUCGGCCCCGCCGGCCGCAAGAAGCAAAUGACCCGUCUGCCCCCGUGGUUGAAAACCCCCAUCCCCGACUCCAAGAACUACCAACGCCUCAAGAAGGACCUGCGCGGUCUCAAACUCCACACCGUCUGCGAGGAAGCCCGCUGCCCCAACAUCUCCGACUGCUGGGGCGGCGGCGACAAGGCCGCCGCCACUGCCACCAUCAUGCUCAUGGGCGAUACCUGCACCCGCGGCUGCAGCUUCUGCAGUGUCAAGACCUCCCGCACGCCCGCUGCCCUGGACCCCCACGAGCCCGAAAACACCGCCGAAGCCAUCUCCCGCUGGGGUCUGGGCUACGUCGUCUUGACCAGUGUGGACCGUGACGAUCUGGCCGAUGGCGGCGCGAAUCACUUCGCCGAGACCGUGCGGAAGAUUAAACACAAGGCCCCCACCACCCUGGUUGAGUGCUUGACUGGUGAUUACCGCGGCGACCUGGAUAUGGUGGCCCUGGUGGCCAAAUCCGGGUUGGAUGUGUACGCGCAUAACGUGGAGACGGUCGAGGCUCUCACUCCCCGGGUGCGUGAUCGUCGCGCCACCUUCCAGCAGUCCAUUCGCGUUCUGGAGGCCGCCAAGAAGGCCAACCCUGAUGUCAUCACCAAGUCCUCGUUGAUGUUGGGUCUCGGAGAGACCGAAGAGCAGCUGGAGCAUGCCCUGGCGCAGUUGCGCGCCGUCGACGUCGACGUCGUUACCUUCGGCCAGUACAUGCGUCCCACGAAGAGACAUAUGGCGGUCCAUGAGUACGUCCAUCCCCAGUGGUUCGAGCACUGGCAGCGUCGCGCCCUGGAAUUGGGCUUCCUGUAUUGUGCUUCGGGCCCAUUGGUUCGCAGUAGUUACAAGGCCGGUGAGGCGUUCAUUGAGAAUGUCUUGAAGAAGAGACGGGCUGGUCUGAGUGAGACGGUCAGUGAGAAGAAGGCUGCUGUGGAUGAGGCGGCGCGUUGAGCCUAGCCUAGCUUAGCUUGACUUGAUGUUCUACCCCUCACCUCACCUCACCUCACCUCACCUCACCUCACUUAUCUUGUACAAUUUCUUUAUUGUGUGGUUUUGGUCUAUCGGCGCCCGGUUGCAUUGGAUGGGUCUGAUCUUGUCUUUGAGAGCUUUUGGUUUUAAAAUGCGUUUGUCAUUGCAAAGACUACGGACGUUAUCAACUACUAUUACUGCUACUAUUUAUUUGACUAUGGAUGAGCUUAUUCUCGAUGAUGAUGACGAUGAAGCGGAGAAUCAUCAAUUCGCAUGGAAGGGGGUAUCUAGUUACGGGGAGGAUGAUCAUAUGCCCGCGAGACAGGGACAUAAUUCAACAUAUACAUCCAAUUCCAAUGAGAGAGAUGAAAGAUAACAACAACAGCAUCAGCAUCAGCAUCAGCAUCAUCAUCAUGAUCGCCCAGUC